AUAAUUAAACUAUUUUCAAAAUUUGAGAGAAAAGAACGAGCACGCGCUAAAAAUUGAGAACCAUAUGGUUCUAGUUGUGCGGCAAUUAGGAUCUAACAAAAAAAAAACUAAAUUAUUUGUUUAGUUUUUUCUUCUCAUUUUUUUUUUGAGAAUUUAUUUAUUUAGUUAAAUAUUAAUGAUUCAAAUCAAAGAGCACCACUAUCUCAUUUCCCUCCUCAACCACACUCUCAGUGAAUUUCGGAUCACCUUCAAAUUUUUUGUAAUUCUGCACCCCAAAUUAGAAUUUUUUAUAUUUUUUAGCAGCAAUCUCAGCUAACAGUUACCUUCUGUUCAUUUCAUGUCAAUUCAAUUUUAUUUUUUGUCACUUCACUUUUUGAAACAGACAAAAUGAGUACCGGGGAACUUCUCAACGUUGAUCCGGUGGAGAUGAAAUUCCCAUUUGAGUUGAAGAAGCAGAUAUCUUGUUCUCUGCAAGUGUCGAAUAAGACUGAAAAUCAUGUUGCUUUCAAGAUUAAGACCACGAAUCCGAAGAAAUAUUGUGUUCGGCCAAACACUGGGAUCGUUUUGCCCCGUUCCACCUGCGACAUUGUUGUUACAAUGCAAGCACAAAAGGAACCUCCUACAGAAAUGCAAUGCAAGGACAAAUUUUUGCUUCAGAGUGUAAUUGCACCCGCUGGUGCAAGUCCAAAAGACAUUACUGCUGAAAUGUUCAAUAAGGAUCAAGGAAAGGUUGAAGAGUGCAAGUUGAAGGUUGUGUAUAUCGCACCUAAACAACCGCCAUCUCCAGUUGCGGAGGAAGCAGAUGAGGGCUUUUCACCUUGCAACAACACAAUGGAUAACAGCAGUGAAGCAAAAUCUCUUGUUGCAAAAUUGACCGAGGAAAAAGCUGCUGCAGUUCAACAGGGGAACAAACUUCGUCAGGAAUUGGAUAUGUUGAAGCGCGAUGGCAAGAAAAGUGGAGGAGUAUCCAUCACUCUGGUUAUCAUUAUUGGCUUGCUAGGUAUUGUUAUGGGAUACCUUAUCAAAAGCACAUAACCGCAUUUAUGCAGAGUAGAAUCGAACUUCCAAGUUUUCUUGUUUUUUCCUAUGCUAUAAGCUAUUAAGCUUUGUGAUUAGAGGUAGAUUUCCAAUCUUAUUUAGAUGUUGACAGUGCUUCAAUAGCAUUCUUCCAUUUUUUUUUAUAACUUGGAUAAUACAUUCAGCUGUAUGCAUGUUUUGUGUUGCGACGCGGACUUCGAAUUUGUAUCUUAUGCCUAUUGUUUGAGCCAUUCAAAUACUGAAUUAUGAUUA